AUGGCGGUGGAAGUGCAGAAUCUCCCUGUUGCGGGGGAUACGAACAUGAAUUCCCAGUUGCGCGACAGGCAGAACGCUUCUAGCCUGGAUGGUACCAGUGUCCCUGGCCAUAUCAAUGAGGGUUCAUAUUUACUUGAAGGUGCCGAUAACGAAAGAUCGGACUUUGAAGCCUUUGGAAAUGACCCUGCAGAUGGGGUUGAUACAGGCAAGGGCUGGAGGAAACCAAGUAUUUUUUGGAUCUUACCGAUUCUUUUCCUUUACAUGCUCAGUUUUGGUGGCACAAUUGUCCCCCGAAUCAACCUCAUGUUGAACCUUAUUUGUAGGGAUUUUCUUGCUGAAAAGGCUGCCAAAGAUCCCACUUUUACACCAGCUCCGGUCAUUUUCGAUGGAGAGAACCCCCAAUGCCAGGUUGCGGAGGUUCAGGCCCGUAUGGCACGGUUCGAGCUCUAUCUCAGCUUGACAGCAGGGACCGUGUCAGCUCUGGUCAGUCCCCAGAUGGGCCGUCUCUCUGACCGUUAUGGCAGAACGAAGAUUAUCGCCUGGGCCGCGAUUGCAUCUACCUUUGGCGAGGCAAUGACUGUUCUUGUAGCAUCCGUGCCAGAGAAGAUGCCCUUGGCCCUGAUGCUGCUCGGGGCCCUGUUUGACGGCUUAGGGGGUUCCUACACAAUUGUGCUCGCCUUGGUCACCUCCUAUGUCUCUGACUGUACACUGCCUGAGAAGCGUGUGGUAGCGUUUGGGUUUACGCAUGGGUUCCUAUUUACUGGGAUUGCAGCUGGGCCAGGUCUUUCGGCCCUUCUCAUCAAAGCGACAGGCCGCCCCUUAGACGUAUUUGUCAUUGGCCUGGUGUUAUACAUCAUUGUUCUUGCCAUGGUCCUUCUGGUGGUCCCAGAAUCUUUGUCGGAAGAACAUCAGCUAAUUGCCCGAGAGAAACAUCGGACGAGAGAAACUAUCCCGGAUGGCACUACCUGGACGAGCCGCUUGAACCCUUUGAAUCUCAUCAAGCCCCUCUCCAUUCUAAUGCCGCCUGCUGGACGUCCAAGUGCGCUGUUUCCAAAUAGACAGGGUGCCAGUCCUGCUCUGCGAAGAAACAUCAUGCUUCUCUCAGCCAUGGAUACCAUUGUGUUUGGUGUAGGAAUGGGCACAUCUCAAAUCCUCAUCAUCUAUGCUGAAUACAUGUUUGGUUGGGGUAAUGUCGAGUCCAGUGUUUUUGUUUUCGAGGUCAAUGUUGUUCGAAUGAUCACCCUUUUUGUGCUCCUGCCUAUUGUGAGUCGAAUUUUCCGCGAGCCACCAAGCGAGAAACGCGCCAUCACUGGAUCCAGCACGCUUGACGUGUACCUCAUACGGCUCUCGAUUCUGCUCAACUUAUUUGGCUACAUCGGCUAUUCUUUGUCAAAGCAUGGCUCAGUCUUUACUUUUUCUGGUAUUAUUACGGCCUUAGGUGGAAUGGGAUCGGUGACAUUACAAUCAUCGCUCACGAAACAUGUAACUCGCGAACGAACUGGGCAGAUCCUCGGUGCCCUAGGCUUAUUACACGCCAUCUGUCGAAUCACCGCUCCAACAAUCUUGAGUCUCCUCUAUAGCGCAACUUCCGCUGCCUGCGGCGCAAUCUUAGCUCUCAUCAUGGUAGUCAACACGACCAACGGCCCCCCGGCCGUCCCCUCUCGAAAUGCCUUACGGGUCCUCCGGAAACUGGCUCUUGCAGGAUCAACAGUGGGCAGUUUCUGUACUGUUGCAGCUAUCACAUAUGACGUACACCGAAGAGUUCGUGUCGCAGAGAGCAUAAUCGAAAACAAACGGGCCCUUCAGACCUCCGCCCCCAACUACGAUGCGACAUAUGCCGCCAGGAGAAUGUCCCGGAUGAUGAAGGCUGCGGAGGAUGGUGAAUUUAUGGGCUUGGAGUCAUUCAAGGAACAAGAUCGGAAAUCGCGGAACUCCCAAAAUCCACAGCAGGAGGACCAGAUAGGGGUGUCUGAGAAGGAAACGGACUCAUCUGCUGUGGUUGAUGUCUCAGCGAGUUUGGAACGGGCAGAGUCAUUCUUGGAGUCAGCACGCUCACAACUAAUUGGUACACUUGAUCCAAGACGACACCCAUCGCAAGCUUCAGGGCGAAGCAGUUUUCUUCCCCCUGAACCUAUGCGGACCCCCAACCCCCUCAAGCGGUCAAAGACCCGCUUUGGACAAUCUGAUGCGGACACGAAGCCCGAGAAUUCAACAACAUCUCCGGACCCAGAAAUCCAGGAGCAGAGCUCCGUGCUAAGACAGAUGCAGGAAUUGCUUGAGAAUGACCGGCCUAUCGAGGCUGCGCAGCUAUUCUUGGAGUCCCAUCCUGCUUCGUUAGAACGAAUUCCUUCCGAUAGAAAGGAACUUGCGGUACAAAUAUUUUACAUGAAUUGCAGGCAAGGCAACGUGUUUAUUGCUAGAAAUAUCUUCGAGCGACUAGAAGAAGUGGAUAGCAUAGAUACAAAGAUGUGGGAGUCGCUGAUGUUUUCAUUGGCAAAGAAAGGGAGUAUCGAAUCUGUUGCUACAAUCUACACACGAUAUAUGCGCAAGUUUUCGGUUUCUGACGACAUGGUGGAUGUUGUGCUCCGUUCUCUUCUGGAAUCACACCGACUUACGACGGCCAAGUGGUUUCUACUUCGAAAUCUGCGAGUUGAUCGGAAUUCUGGUUUGAGUGGUGCAUAUCUGACGGGACUUUGGAAGAAAACAAGAAGCAUCGAGCUCUUGAACGGGCAACUGAAAAAACUAUUGAGAGUCCACCGAGCCAUGGGGAAGGAGUUUAGCGAGAAACUAUUCAAUCCAGUGGUGAAAGCCUACGUUGAGUUUGGCAGAGUUGCUGAUGCCGAAGCUUUAGUGGAGGAUAUGAAAACUAACUUCAACAUUCCGCCCCGAUGCCGUACAAAAGGACUGUUGUUGUAUGGCAAAGCUCUAGCCUGCGAUUGGGAAGAAGUCGAGCUCGGACUCCAGGAGAUGUAUGACUUGGGAAUGACUCAACGACGGCGUGAUUUCACGCCAAUUUUUGACCGCAUAUUCUUGGAGUAUUGGGUAUCUCACUCAGGAACUCAGAUUCGGGACUUUGUCUUCAAAUGUAUCGACAAGUUCAAUAUCGUUCCUGAUCGUGUCUUGUACAAGCACAUCCUGGAGGCUUUUGUGGAGAAGGGCGAUAGAGAUAUGAUUUUUGAACUCACCGACAUGGCUCGGGAACGAUCAUGGAAAAUCCCUAUCAAGGAAGAGGAAUUCCUGGAGACUUUGCGGCGCCGGCGCCAUGCACUGGAAGGGGCGCCUGUUGGUUUCUGGCAUAUGCUGCAGGCAGCGCGUAUCAAACACGGACAGGCUGCUACUUCACAGCGUAUCCUAGGUUACGACCAACAGUCAUUCCCCAUAGACGAGGUGAAUAAAAUGCCGUUUACACAAAGCACUUUGCCAUGGCACCAACGGACACUGCAAGAAGGGAGUUCUUCGAAACCAGUUGACCAGUACCAAAUGCUACACAAACGAAUGUCGCACUUCAUGCACGUUGGCAAGAUGACGGAAGCACUGAAGUGCUACCAGCAUGCGAAAAACGCCAAGUUCCAAAUGAAGCAGCACCAUGUUGAAUUGGGUGUAAUCGCAACGUUAUUGGAACAUGGUCUCGAAGCCGCUCGAGCUCUUAUCGACGCUGAGUGGCGGUAUCUUCGUGAUUCCGUUCGAUUCUUCCCUAUAUUCUUUCGCCAACUCACGGAGAUGAGCUCGACAUCUGAAGAGGAAGCGAUUAAACUGGCUGUUCUUCGAUUCUACGAGCUUUGCUCAACAAACAAGAAGUUGACUGUCAAGCAUCAUAUGACAGUCGCAACCACCCGGCGCUUGAUUGCUACGCAAAAACCACAAAUGGCGAUUGACCUUCUGUCAGCUGUCUACAUGUCCCGCUACCGAAAUUCGGCGGAUUUCGAUGGUGUCUGCAUGAAGAUGUUUGUACGAGCUUUUGCAGAGAUGGAGAACCUCCGAGGAAUUCGGUGGUGUGCUUUGACCGGCCUCUCGCAUAGUGAUGCUUCCGGUCGGGACUUUGUUGUCGAAGUCCGUCGGGUUGUCGGUGUACUAAGCCGGAGAUUAGGCGCAUCAGUCUCAUCGUCCCCCAAGGAUGCGGCCAACACGACCGAACAGUUGGAGUAUCUUGAUCUCAUCGCCGAGCUUCUCGAGAAAAAGAGCCAAGGAGACCCGCUCAUGUGGGAAUUGCGACCCGAUCCGAUCAAGAAGCGAUUAUCUCGACGGAAGCUAAAGCAGCCCGUUGAUGAGAAGUAUUUGUUUAGGCAGUCGAACAUCCGGGAGACGAUUGAGGGAUGGGAUGAGGAGUACGAAUUGGAGGCAGUCCUUGGGCGAUUGGACAACAUCACUGCCCCCGUUACUGUCGAGUAG